CUGCAAAUUCAAAAAGGUAUUGAUUUUUUUGAAAUUCAGACAUUUUUUCAUAAAAAAAUUUUAAUUUUCCAGGUGCUUUGACAAAAAAAAACGUGCUUCAAAUGAAAAUUGGUGAGUUUUGGGGGGUUUCAAGGCUUAAAAUCUUCAAAUUUUUGAAAUUUCAGAUCAAUUUCUACAAUUAUGGCAGACAACACUCCAAAAAUUUGAUGUUCCGCAAUUUUUGAGGUGAUGAUUUUUCAAAAUUAUUGGAUUUUCAAAUAGAAAUGUGAAAUUUAGAGUUCCAGGAGCAAGAAAAUCUCAAAAUUUUGCUCCAGAACCUUGAAAAUCCCGAAAUUUCGCUCCAGAAACUUGAAAAUCACAAAAUUUCGCUCCAGAACUUUGAAAAUCUCAAAAUUUUGCUCCAGAACCUCAAAAAAUCUUAAAAUUUUGCUCCAGAACCUUGAAAAUCUCAAAAUUUUGCUCCAAGACCCAGAAAAUCAGGUUUUUCACCUCCAAGAGCAAGAAAAUCAGGUUUUUUAGCUCCAGGAGCAAGAAAAUAUGGUUUUUCAGCUCGAGAACCUGGAAAAUCUGGUUUUUCAGCUCCAGGAGCAGGAAAAUCAGGGUUUUUAGCUCCAGGAGCUGAAAAACCAGAUUUUCCAGGUUCUGGAGCAAAAUUUUGCGAUUUUUGAGGUCUUGGAGGAAAUUUUUGUGAUUUUUAAGUUUCUGGAGCAAAAUUUUGUGAUUUCUAAGGUCUUUGAGCGAAAAUUUGAGAUUUUCAAGGUUCUGGAUCAGGGUUUUUAGCUCCAGGAGCUAGAAAAUCACGUUUUUUAGGUUCUGGAGCUAAAAAGCCUGAUUUUCUCGAUCCUGAAGCUGAAAAUCCUGAUUUUCGAGCUCCUCAAACAAAUUUGGACGAUUUUCCGAGUUCUGAAGCGAAAAUACGAGAUUUUCUGAGUCUUGGAGCAAAUAUUAACGAUUUUCUGGAUCCUAAAGCUGAAAGACCAGAUUUUCCAGGUUUUGCAGCUGAAAAACCUGAUGUUUUAGCUCUAGAAUGUAAAUUAUCAGGUUUUUAAGCUCCAGCAGCUUGAAAAGCACAAAUUUUAUCCAGAACCUCAAAAAUCUUCCAAAUUCAUCCCAUCUCCCGAAAAAAACCCAAAUUUUCCCUCUAGGACCUUAAAAAUUUUCCAAAUUUAUCUCAUCUCUCAUUUCUGAGGUCCUGCAGCGAAAAUUUACGAUUUUUCAAGGUCGUGAAGCGAAAAUCCUGUUUUUCUAGCUGCCAACUCCAAAACUCACUACUUCCCAACCACAAACUAAAAAAUAAUGAAAAAUAAAAUUUAAAAAUUUUUUUGUUGGCAAAAAAACACGUUUACGUGAAAAAUUCAAUAAAAAUUUAACAUUUUUGAUUUUUACGAAUUGAAAAGUGGUUGAAUUUUUGUGGAGGAUGAGUUUUUUGCUUCGGCAGCUAGAAAAUCAGGUUUUUUUGCUCCAAGACUUAAAGGGGGUAUACCCUAUUGUCUCUCGUGCAAAGUGUGAUACAUCAUUCGAUUCAGAAUUUUGUGUUUUAUAUGCACAAAAAAAUUUAGCUCCCAAAACGCAUUCUAAGUACACGUUUUUUGCGUCCAAACAGGACCAAAAUCUGCUCGAAAUAAAAAAAAGAACACACAGAAAAGAGAGACGCAGACUCUCGCUGUCUGCUAGCCAGCCAGCAUUUUUUUUGAAUUUUGUGUUCAACAACUACGGUAAGUCUGAAUAUACUGUAAUAAACUUACAAAAAUUUAAAAAAAGAAGAAAAAACAACACACAUUCUGGCUGGCUGGCAGACAGCGAGAGUCUGCGUCUCUCUUUCUUGUGUGUUCUUUUUUUUAUUUCGAGCAGAUUUUGGUCCUGUUUGGACGCAAAAAACGUGUACUUAGAAUCCGUUUUGGGAGCUAAAAUUUUUUGUGCAUAUAAAACACAAAAUUCUGAAUCGAAUGAUGUAUCACACUUUGCACGAGAGACAAUAGGGUUUACCCCCUUUAACAAAUCACAAAAUUUCGCUCCAGAACUUUGAAAAUUACAAAAAUUUGCUCGAGAACCUCAAAAAUCACAAAUUCUCGCUCCAGAACUUUGAAAAUCACAAAAUUUUGCUCUGAGAGCUAGAAAAUCACAAAAUUUUACUCCAGGAGCAAGGAUAUCAGGUUUUUCAACUCCAGGAGCAGGAAAAUCUGGUUUUUUAGCUCAAGGACCAAAAAUAUCGUAAAUUUUUGCUCGAGAACCAUGAAAAUCCCAAAAUUUUGCUCCAAGACCCAGAAAAUCUCGAAAUUUCGCUCAAAAAUUUUUCAUUUCUGAUUUUCCAUGAAAAAUUUCUCUAGAAAAAUAACGAAUUUUCCGAAAAAAAAAAUUCAAAUUUCAAAGUUCAGAACUGAAUAUCUCAAAUUUUUCCAAUUUCAGCUCAACUUCUCAAUUCAUCAAUUCUUCCAACAACAACUACAAGACAAUUUGCUCUAAGUUAA